CCCAGAGUAGUGAGGUCAUCCUCUUUUAUUUUUUUGGGCCCUGGGAUAGAGGCACAGGUGUGCUCUCAUACAUUUUAUAGGGGAGGCUGUAGCAGUUUUUGUGGGAUCAGCCGACUUCACCAUGCGUGGCAAGGAUGAUGAAUACGACUACCUGUUCAAAAUUGUCCUCAUUGGUGACUCUGGAGUAGGGAAGAGCAACCUGCUCUCGCGAUUCACCCGGAACGAGUUCAACCUGGAGAGUAAAAGCACCAUUGGGGUUGAGUUUGCCACACGCAGCAUCCAGGUGGACAACAAGACCGUGAAAGCCCAGAUCUGGGACACAGCUGGACAAGAACGCUACCGUGCCAUUACUUCUGCUUACUACCGAGGAGCGGUUGGGGCCCUUCUUGUCUAUGACAUUGCCAAGUACCUAACCUAUGAGAACGCAGAGCGCUGGCUGAAGGAACUGCAAGAUCAUGCGGACACCAACAUCGUCAUUAUGUUGGUGGGGAAUAAGAGUGAUCUGCGACAUCUACGGGCCGUGCCCACGGAUGAGGCCAAAAGCUUUGCAGAAAAGAACGGCUUGUCCUUCAUAGAAACUUCGGCUCUGGAUUCCACCAACGUGGAGACCGCCUUUCACAACAUCCUCACAGAAAUCUACCGGAUUGUAUCCCAAAGGCAAAUUGCCAGCGGGCAGUCGGAGACAGAGUUCAGCCCCAGCAGCACCAUCGAGCCCAUCAAAGUCCUGCCUACUCAUCAGGAAGGGAAACAAGCGCCUUGCUGCCAGAAUAUAUAAUCUGCCAGGACAGCGAGGGGAAGAGCGAGUUGGGACAGUGCUGAGCAACUAGGAAGGCCUUCCUCAUCCUUCUCCUCCUCCUAGUAUCCAAUCUCCAAUGCGUUGCUCUGCUUCGUGUAUGUCCAACAAGAAGCGCGUGCCGGAUCAUGUCCUUCCCCCCAUGUUUUAACCACAUAGCUUUAGGUGUAGGACAUAGUGGUUUGCCUUCCAAGAUAAGUUAUUUGAAGCUACAACCCCAGUAAAUAUCCAGAGAUUGGCAACUAGAGGCCCUUAAGCUCAAGCCUACCCAAGGAAGGAUGUCAAUUGGCCCAGCAGAGAAUUGCCCCAUCCAUAUCCUUCUUUGCUGAUGAGGCUACUGCUGUGGCCUCAUGUGGCCCCAGAGCCAGCCCUCCUGGCCUAAGUCCUGUUCCAAGAAGACUGACGCACUGGAAGAAGAGGGUGGUUGCUAUGUGACCAUCAAUAUGGCACCUUGUAUUUCCUGCUGCAAUCUGGAAUCUGUAAGGAGUACAUGAAUGGUUUCUGGAGCAGAUAGCCCACACCCCGCAAUGGUCAGACAUCUUCAUCAUGCUGCAUCCCUGACUGCUAUACACUACCUCCUUUAUGUAGGGCCUCCUCUGGCUAUGUUGUGCACAAGCAAAACCCCCAAAAAACAAGUGGCUGUAGUUCCCUUCCCCCUUUCCAAAAACCAGACGGAGAUUUAAAAAGUUUGGUGUUUCUUCCACACACCCAAAAUACAGAAAAAUUGGGGUAACUGGUGCUCGUUUGCCUUCUAUGUAGGUCUAUGACUUUCAACUCAAACCAGUCACAUUCCCUCCUGACUUUGCCUGAGGAAUAUUGUUCCCAUUCCCCAGAUGGGGGUGGGAGAUUCCCCACUUUUGUGGGCUCCUGGCUGGUGGGAGGAAAUUCCCCCCACCCCAAUGCCAUGCGUGACAUGCUGACAUCACAACGUCAGCGUGUUGGUAAUGUUGGGAGGCGAUGUUUUGCUUUUGGGGCAAAACUCUAUGGUUUGAGGCCAUUUUUAUAAUAGAGUUUGCCCAAA